AUGCGCGCGUCACUGAACUGCUGCGCGUGUUCAACACACCUUGGCUUCACCCUCCCUGAUCUACAAGCAGGUGGCAGCAUUACCGUGAACAGUUUCAGGUCAGGCACUUGGGCCCCAUCUUGUGUUGUUCAACUGUCUCUAGGCAACUUUUGUAACGACAUGACAGAGUUGCACCAGGCAGCAGCAGCGGGGGAUUUCGAUCGGGUUGAAGAGAUUCUGGGGCAAAAUAAAUGCAAUCCCAAUCAGAGGGACGUCGACUGGAGCUACAAGACUCCGCUUCACUGGGCAGCAGCCAAAGGUAGACACACAGAAACGGUCAGGAUCCUCAUUGAGCACGGAGCCAGACCGAGUCUGAGGACCGAGCAUGGAUGGACGCCUGCACACUUUGCUGCAGAGUCCGGCCAGCUGGCUGUGCUGCGGCUGCUGCACGUCCUCCAUGCGCCUAUAGACAAGGAGGACUUCUGUGGAGACAAGCCAGUGCGAAUAGCUGAAAUAUACGGACACCAAGACUGCGUUCAGUUCCUGAAAAAAGCAGAAAUUGAGUGCCAGGCCUACCGCAAGAUGGCAGCCCAAAAAGGGAUUUCACUGGAUGACACAGACGAGGAGUGGGCAGAACAGGGCAAAGAAAACGAAGAAAACGGCAUCUCCAAAGGCAACUUUCAGACGUAGGCCUAACUCAUGUUUACACAACCAAAUGUGUGGCAUCCUUAUAGCCUUUCAGUUGACAGUGUUUCUUUGGCAUUUCAGAGUUUUAGUACUGAUAAAAACAUGUAAAAUACAGUAUUGCUUAAACCAUGUUUGUCUUGACUAAGUAGUUCAAUUUUAAUGUAAUAAACAAAGAAUCCAGAUUUUUAUCAGAUUUGGUUUGUUUUUAGAGUGCACAUAUCUGAGAUGAUUUUCACUUCUUUAUACUUGAGUCUAACUUCAUGGAGCUGUCGGUAAACGAUGCUGGAGUCUGGAGAGCAGAGAGAUGAAUGUGAGAAGUUAAUCAGAAGUCACUGUGGUAAUUUUACAUAUGAGUAAACCCAAUUUAGUGGACUUACAUGUUUUUUUAGACGGCUCAGCAGUGCGUCACGGGUCUGUCAAAAUUAAAAAAUAAAACAUUUUUAAUGGUGC